AUGUCUCUCCAGCCAUUCACCUCUCUGUACCGAUAUGCUGUCGAACCAAUAGCACCAUUUACCUGGUUUGGUACCAAGGUCUCUUCUCUCGAUUUGGUAGCCGUGUUUCGGCUUUGUAUCGCUUUGAGACAGAUGAGGGAAAAUUUGUAUGCUAAACACCAGCGAAGCGCUGGAGAGGAUAGACCUGCACUUGCAGAGGAGAGGUCCUUCGUGAGAGACGCAUGUGCCAUGCUGACCAUUGUAUUUGGAGGGGAGGCUAUCAUAGGCCCUCUCCUUGGUAUUCUGCCAUCUUUCAUGUUCUCCGGUGUUUCUCCUGGAUUGUACAUUGCCGCACAAGCGAUUGUAGAGUAUAUCCCUGUCCUGCCGUCCGUGUCACUCAGCACCGAGCUUCCUUUAUCCAUUGUCGACGGAUUUACCCGGGCAAUGCUCCUCUGCAGCCUCAUACCACCACCCGUUAUCGCCCACACAUCCCCCAUUAUCGCAUCUUCCCCGUGGGCUCUCCUUCUCUCGUCUCUCGUCAUCACCAAUGGCGGCUUUUUCUUGACGAACAUGUUCUCAUUCAUGGAGCCCACCCCGCUUACACUUACGACUCCCGAUGAGCUCAAGCCCUAUGGCUGGACAACCACUGACAUCUGGUCCGCCCCGUUUAUCACGGGGCUCUAUGCCCUCCUCACACAUGCCCAGCCUUUCUGGGCCGAGUUGCACAGUGUAAUUUCGACUGCCCUCGGAGGUGCUGGCAGUAAAGCUGGUCCUAUGGAUGCAGAGUCCGCCCGUGCGCUGUGCGCGCUAAUUCUCGCGGCAUUGUUUUCCACUCGGACUGCGAAGAACUUUGGGCUUAUCUGGAAGAAGAGCGUUGUCGAGAAGAUCAAGACACAAUGA